AUGUUUUCUCGGGCUUUCCUGGUCCUCUGUGGUGCUACCACCAUUGCCGCCCAGCAGCACAUUGGCGACUCCCCUUUCUUAAACCAAUAUAUUUUCGAUUCCGGUUACCUAUCCAUUUCUACAGCUGGUAGUGAUGCCACCCACACUACCUAUAUUGCCAAAUGCGAUAACGGCAUCGCCGAUGUUUGCACGCUACCUACUGCUGGUGCCACUAUUGUCGCAGGCCCAUCAUAUGUUGGAUGCUCAUACACCGAUCCCUCGGAGCCAUUCUUCUCCUCCGUUGGGUGUAAAUAUAUCGACUCCGGAUCUUCAGCUGCCUGCACGGAGUACCAAUCAGGCCAAAGUGGGACCCAUGUAGCCACUUUUUCGAAUACAGCUACUCUCCCUGCCUAUGCGGUGGCAUUGGGCUUCAAUACACCUGCUGCUACUGGUACGGCUGGUGGUACCCAACACACUUCCGAAGCUAGCGCUGGAAACGCGGCUACUGCUACGACCAAGUCUGCUAAUGCUACCGAUUCUGCAGCAAGUGCGACCAAGACUGGUGGUGCGGCUGAAAUGGCUGGGCUUCGGAGCGCACGUUUUGCUGCCGGUGCAGCAGUUCUGGGGGGACUAGGACUGAUAAUCUAG